ACCAACAAGGUCGUGCUCAUUACCGGAGGGAACACCGGACUCGGUCUGGAGUCGGGCAAACGACUGGCGGCGUCCGGAGCGACCGUCAUUCUCACAACACGGUCCGUCGCGAAAGGACAACAGGCGGUCCGGGAGGUACAGGAAUAUUUGAACGAGCAAGGGGUCGAGAAUUCCCACGUACAGUACGUCACGCUCGAUUUGUGUGAUCUACAGCAAGUGAAAGACUUCCCCAAUACCCUCUCGUCGGUUUUGAGCAAGGACCAAUCCAUUGACGUGCUCAUGAACAAUGCCGGAGUCAUGGCAAUUCCCGAUCGGCAGCUUACCAAAGACGGAUACGAACGCACCUUCCAGACGAAUCAUCUCGGACACUUUGUCUUGACGGCCAAACUAGCUUCUCGCUUGGCCAACGACGCCAGAAUUGUCAAUGUCUCGUCGGAAGCCUGGCAAUUCGCUCCCAAAGGCAUCGAAUUGGACAAUUUGAACGGCGAACGUGAAUACGGUCCGUGGUCGUCCUACGGACAAUCCAAGCUCGCCAAUAUACUGUUCGCCAAAGAGUUGCAAGCCAAGGCGGAUGCUGCGGGCAAGGCAUGGACGGUCACAUCCUUGCAUCCGGGAGCAGUCGCCACCGAUCUUGGACGAUACAUUCUCCUCUUUGUGCCACUCUCCAAAUUCACCAAGACAGUACCCGAAGGAGCUUCCACGCAAGUGUACUUGGCGGCCAAUCCCGGCAAGGGAGGCUCGUACUACAUUGAUUGCAAAGCCAAGACGCUCAAGGGCGCACCCACCGACAUGGCCAAAGCCGAUGCCCUCUGGCAAGUUUCUGAGAAGCUUGGGGGUGUCCAAUUUCAACUAUAG